AUGCCAUCAUCAGCAAACACCAGCCCUCCCGAUCAAGGGGCUAAGGAAGCUCAGGGCCGAGUCCCCUCCGCGGGGCAGCCCCAGGCCCCCCAGCAACCCUCACAACAGUCCCAAUACUCUUCAUCCAACCCGAGCCCAGGCAUCCCGAAUCUUCGCGACAAGAUCCCGAAGCUAGAGCCCCGGCGCCGCAAGAAGCCCGAGCCAGAGAACCCCAUGCCGGUGCCGGAGACGCCCGAGCCCCCUCCGAAGCCCGACCUCUCGACGCUGACCUUCACCGUUCCCGUGCGUCGUAUCCUCUCCCCCGACGACCACAAGCUCUUCCUCUCCUCACCAACCUACAAACUGAUCCUAUCCUUCAUCUUCCAACUCUCCGAAUCCGUCCGCGACAAGCCGAUAUCCUCCGUCCAAGACGCCGACUUCACCCCUACCCUCCGUGCAAUCCUCACCAUCCUCGAUGAAGCCGAGUCUCUCUGCCGCGCCACGCCCCCGGAAGAUCAAGGCGGCUCCCGCUUCGGCAACAAGGCCUUCCGGCUCUUCGUCGACAAAGUCCGGGCCGCUGCCCCGCAAUGGCACUCCACACUCUUCACCUCCCCUUCUCCCUUGCCCCCCGCCUCCGUCCCCGAACUCUCCACCUAUUUGACACAUUCCUUCGGAAACCGCACCCGCAUCGACUAUGGCUCAGGCCACGAACUCAACUUUUUCAUGUGGCUGCUCUGUCUCGAUCGGCUCUCCCUCCUCUCCUCUCCAGACUACCCUGCCCUCGUCCUGCGCAUCUUCCCCCGCUACUUGAACCUCAUGCGCCUCGUCCAGCUAACAUACUACCUCGAACCCGCCGGUUCCCAUGGCGUAUGGGGCCUAGACGACUACCAAUUCCUACCCUUCCUCUUCGGCGCCAGCCAGCUGCUCCACCACCCCUUCAUAACCCCCCGCGCCAUCCACCAGGAGCUGACACUCGAAGAGUUUGGUCACGAGUUUUUAUACCUUAACCAAGUCUCCUUCGUGAAUAGCACCAAGACCGUCAAGGGUCUGCGCUGGCACAGCCCGAUGCUGGACGACAUCAGUAGCGCCAAGAACUGGGGGAAAAUCGAGGCCGGGAUGCGGAGGAUGUUCGUGAACGAGGUGCUGGGCAAGUUGCCCGUCAUGCAGCACUUCCUGUUCGGGGCGCUGAUACCCGCUGCGGAGGGGAUGAGUGAGCCGGUGUUGAAAAAGGAAGGGGAAGGAGAAGAGGACGAGGAUUUGGAGGGAGAGGUGAAGGUGUUUGAUGAUAAGGAGGGGAGGAGACACGUGCACCAGCCUAAUGGUUGGAGCGAUUGUUGCGGGAUUAAGGUGCCGAGUAGUGUUGGGGCGAUUGGGGAGAUGCGAAAGAGAGGGAUGAUGGAUCAGUUGAGGAGGAUUCCGUUUGAUUGA